AUGGACUUGACUUUCAUUUCGAUCCAUGACCUGACCCCCGAUGCCCGCGUACUUUAUUCUUCCGACUCUAUCGUCGACGUCUUAGGCUGGACUCCCGAUGAAGUCGUCAAUCGUUCCUGCUGGGAAUUUUUCAGCGAAGAUGAGCUGCCUUUCGCAAAAGCAUUCCACAAGAAGGGUGUUCAGAUGGACAAAGCCGCUGUUCUGUCGUACUGCAGAGUAAAGAAUAAGGAAGGGCAAUGGACUGGUGUCGAGUGUUGUUUCACAGUCGUCUACGAUGUCAUGAUCGUAUGCACGUCUAUCUAUCGAAGAGGCCUGCCGAGUCAGAAGCGAGCCGAAGAAGCACCAAUCAUCCGACGGCUGUUUUCAUCCUCGCCACGUGAUCCCCGUUACCACAUGUUAUCACAUAUCUCGGACAAAUUCAGACAACCUGCUCAAAAGGCGAAGCACGAGCCUCGAGCUGCUUUGUUUUUGAAUCGCUUUACCAGGACUUUGACCAUCAUGUACGCGACCGCGGGCUUAGAAGAAGUUAUUGGCAUCCCAGCCGAAUACAUGAGAGGCCGCAGUUUCUAUUACUGCAUUGCCGAGAACUGCCUUCAGGACGCUAUCAAAUGUCUCGAGAACGCAAAAGCCAACGACUCUAUAGCAUACCUUCGAUUCUGGUUCAGGGACCCUCGCAUAGACGAAGAAGCCACUACACCAAUGGAUGAAGAAAGCGAUGAUGAUAUGGGAGCAGAGAGUAGCGUUGAUCAAGAAGUUGGUGGGGGUGUCCACAUAGAUGGUGAGCGCUCAGGAUCUGACAGUAUGGAUAUCGACUCGUCACAUCCCAUUUCAAAUUCUAGGACCACAUCAGGAAACAGCAGUACGGACGUACAAGACACCCAUUCGGCAAUAUUCGGUGAUUCUAGAGCCGAGGAAUCUUCAGCGUCUUCAAUGACUUCUCCAGAUGGAAGUGUCAGACCUCCUAUUCAAAGAGAGCCGAUCGAACUCGAAGCGGUCAUCUCUUGCACAUCUGAUGGCCUUGUUGUAUGCUUGAGGAGAGCACGCCCUAUGCUCCCAACUCAGACACGCUCGAGAUACGACAAUGGUCUUUUCGCUGCUCCCUGGGCAACAGAACCGAUUCUACCAACCAUGGAAGCGCGCCCACAGCAAGCAUUCGCGACAAACUUUGCUCCUUCUUUGGGUCCUUUCAGCGCCCAGACAGAUCCUAUCAGAGUCGGUGGACCUGCUCAGGACGACUUCAUGAACUCGAUCCGGGAACAGGCUGUCUUUGCAUGGGCACUCACUGGAAUCAACGGUGCACUCCACCAGUACGGUGUUAACAAAGCUUAUGGAGAAUCUCUACCACUCGAAGGUCUCGAGGUGUGGGAGUCCGACCCGUACGCUCAGUCUGAGAUAUUCAGAAGUGACUCUGGCUCAGGUCUUGAUGGCAUGACCAAGGGCCAUAGCCCAGCACAGAUGUUUGGUGAUCCUGGCCUCGAUGGUUACAGGAAAAGGUAG